CAACAGCAAAGUAAGUCUCAAAUAUGUUUUUGCGGUCCAAAGGUCAUCUAUACUAAUUUAUACCUGGAUGUAACAAAAGAUAUGAUGGGACAAUUUGUUCAGCCUCAACAAACUGGUUUCCAACAAAAUAACUUUGCUAACCCCAACUUUCAAAACAAUAUGAAUACUGGCUUCAACCAACAACAGAAUCAGCAAGCCUAUCGAGGAUGGUAAACAUCUAUUCUCAUACAAUUCCAUGUACUGUAUCUCACCUUAUCGAGUCUCCGGUCCUUUUUUCUUUCCGUUCCUUUCAUAGCCAUUAUAUUUCUUCUAUUAAUGUUUUUUUUUUCGCUGCAAAUAAAAAAGAAUUGGUGUCUAUGACCAAACGACCACUUGUUCACACCACAGUUUCAAUUAUGGCAAUAUGCUUCUAUACAUUGAAUUUUAUUGCAUCUUUUACGAGGCUAUAUGAUUUUUAUUCGUACAGAUAAAAAAGCUUAUUUCUCGAGCUCGCCACAGUCGGUGAUGUCAACUUUGGCUUGAGGAGCUCCGGAUUGAGAACCGUAUGACUCGAUCAUAUCCAAAACUUCUUGGCCUUCGACCAACUGACCAAAGACAGUGUGGUUAC